AUGCCGGUAGGAAGCAGAGUAAAGGAAGUUGGCACAGCAUUUCAGUUCCUUCCACCUUCCAGCCCUAACUCAGUUCAAAUCGCAACAGCACCGCAAGCGAAGAAGACUCCAGUUUCGUCUCUUCCUUCAUCUCCGUCUGUUUCCAGACCUGUUCCCGCCUUCCCAACCUCAGUGCUACUUCCACCCGCCAUGUCCGACAAGCACGCCGCAGCCCAGGCGGCGACUGCCAAGAAACAGAAGAGUCCCACUCUUGAGCCGCCGAGUUUGAAGCAGCACAGAGUCGAGGCAGUAGCAACACCAGCUGUUGAAGAUCAUGGGGAGACUGUUGAGAAUGACGAUGACGACGAUGAAUACUGGUCCGGGGAAGAGGAUUUUGUCUUCGACAUCAUGUCAGAAGAAGAGAUCCAAGAAAAAGCAGACAGGCUGCGCGAGGAAAUCCGUGUUGCUUUGUGUAACGGAUUGGUGUGGAAGCCAUCUUGUGUCAAGGGCAACUCUGCGGUAAAUGUCGAGGUCAAGGCUGAUCACUACCAAGUCGCCAAUUGGGCGUUUGGGGGAAGCCGGGAUCCCAGUGACGAAACAUGGGGAGCGAUGGAUUACCCGACCGAAGCCUUCAACGAGGAUUUCGGGCCAAUCCGCAACCUUACUGGCUCCACACCUCUUGCGCUCACCGGGACCCAUGUGCGCAUAAAUCUGUACCACGAGAGUUGGAACUCCAUGGAGUAUCCAUGGCAACAAACCAUUGCUGUCAUUGUCAGUGCCUCCUACGGCACACAUGAGGCUCGGGAUAGACUCCAGGACACGGAUGUCUGCCCGUCAGACCUAGAGGGUAUGUUUUCGUCUGAUGCCGACGACUACGCUUCUGUCAGUGGAGAAGACGAUGGUGAAGGGGACGCCCUUCAUGAGGAGGAGAUUGAGAAUACUGGGGAGCUGGACCCAUCUGUACACUAG